GUAGCUGUUUAUUAUUAAGACGGGCGCGCGCUGGUCGCUCUUAAUUAGUUGUGCGAUAUAAUUCUAGCCAAGCGGUUUACCGUAGGAACCAUCGGGAGAAGCAGCAUCGAAUCGAAAUAGCCGCAAUUGGAAAUCCGCACGCUGCGCAUACGCCGUGUAUCCAAUACGAUGCGAGUGUCCGAACAAAUCCAAAAGUAAUUAGCAAAAAAAGCAAUUACACCUACAACAAAAAUAUUGUAAAUCGUUUAUCUCUGGCGCGUUAGCAUACACGUUAUUUUUUUCGCAUUAUUUUUUAAAUUGGUUAAAAGUUUUGUUGCCAGUGUUGAUAAUGUUGAAAAAGUUCGUCCUCUUGCUGGGCCUAUUCGUACUACAAUUGGACAGCUACGCAGCGAGCACGCCCGCCGCAGCCGGCAAUGAGAGCAACUUUCUGGAGUCAUCCCUGAGAUACUUUGAUGAGCAGUUGCUGUACGACAUCUUGCCACGUGCCUCGUGCCCGGGCGACGAUGAGACCUCACCGAUGGACGAGUUCGCUGAUCUCUUCACAGUGGAACAGCUUCGACAGGGGUGGGUGGUGCUUCAUGUGUUCGCGGCGAUAUACUUCUUCAUACUGUUGGCCAUUAUAUGCAACGACUACUUUCUGCCCACGGUGGAGUGCAUCUGCGAGGACCUGCAUCUGUCUAAGGACGUGGCGGCGGCCACCUUUAUGGCCACGGCCACAUCGAUGCCGGAGUUCUUCACCAACACCAUCAGCACCCUGAUUCUGGAGUCGGACAUGGGUCUGGGUACGAUCAUCGGCUCGCUCAUGUUCAACACAUUGGGCGUGGCUGGUUUGGCUGCGCUGUGUAUCGACAAGCCAGUUCAGCUGGACUGGUGGCCAAUAGCGAGGGACUGCUUCAUCUACAUAUUCAACACGAUCAUUCUGCUGGUGCUGGCCUGGGGUGGCAGCAUUAGCUUCGUCGAGUCCUGCAUCAUGAUGGGCUUCCUGGUGCUCUACUAUCUGAUCACAUUCAACAACAACAAGUUCAUGCCAGCCAUUCGCGUGUUCAUCGAGGAUCGCAUGAACUGUUGCUUCUCCACGCGUUACGAUCUGACGGAACCCCCGGAGAGCAGCGCCAAGGCACAGCUCCCGCUGAAAAAGGAUCCGCUGUCGGGCGAUGGCCUCUUCGUGGUAAACCUUCCCGAGAACACCUCGUCCAUGUCGUCUACCGCGAUUCUGACGCACUCUAAGCACUGGUACGGCGGUGACAGCGAUGCCGACGAUAUGCCGGACAGCAUCUACGCCUAUCCCCACGACUCCUCCCGCUUCAUGAAGGGCUGGUGGAUCUUCGUGUUCCCCAUUAGGUUCACCCUUUCGUGGCUAAUCCCGCACCCGAUGAAGCAUCGACGCCUCUAUCCACUCUCCUUCAUCAUGUGCAUCCUCUGCAUCGGGGCCAACGCCUACCUGAUUGUCUGGAUGCUGACGGCUUUUGGCGUGGCCAUCCACGUGCCAACUAUAGUAAUGGGUCUGACGUUCCUGGCUGCCGGCUCCACCAUGCCCGAGGCCGUCUCCAGCCUGAUAUCUCUGAGGAACGGUGAAAAUGGAAUCGGAGUCUCAAACUCGCUGGGCGCCAACUCGUUGGCCAUUCUGCUGUCCCUUGGCGUGCCCUGGUUCAUCAAGAACUGCAUUCACUAUGGGAGCGGGGAGCCGCAGCAGGUCGGCACACAGGGCAUCGAGUACAACAUCCUGAUUCUAAUCAUUUCCACCGUGGCCCUCUUCGUAAUACUCAGCUUCAGUGGCUACCGCUUGACCAAGCGGGUGGGCAUCGCCCUCUUCAGCGUCUACGGCGUGUUCAUUGUUCUCCAGAUUCUGAUCGAGAUGAAUGUGUUCUUCCCCAGGGACUGCAGCAGCUAGUGGCGGGUGCGUCGCGGUGUUGCGUCUGUGGCAUGUGCUUCUGGUGCUGGCAUCAGCAGAAAACCACAUUUUAAAUUAUAUGUUUCCCUUCAUGGGGUGUUUUUUUUGUUUUUGUUUCUGUUUUCGUUGAUUUCUUCCUUUCUAAUUAACGCGUCGAUUUCCGCCCAAGACUGUCUUUAGUGUGCAAAGCGAGUGCAGGCGGAAAGCUUCAACAGAAAGGAGGGAAACCACGAGCCCUGCAACUUUAUAUUUAUUUUCCCCUGUAAAUAUCUGUUUUCUUGUAAAUAUUUGCGUGUGUUUAGUCCCAUAGUUGUAGGCAUAUAACGACGACGAUUCACACAUGUUUGAACUGUUACCAAAGCUGUUACUAGGAAUUAAGCGAAGUGAAGGGAAGCCCUCGAAACCAAUCAAACCAAAUGUUUGGUGCCCCACGAUAUUUCCAGCCUGCAGACUACGGCCUGAGUUCCGGGGAGCUCUGUCAUUCUGCUGUUGAUAUUGCGCCAAUAAGUGUUUUAUACACUAACAACUAUUCUAAGCGUUACCUAAAGCCCUUGCUACCAUUGUUAUUAAUUUAUAAAUAAAUUCUAAGAACAUUUUUAC